AUGGUACCUUUUCAACCGCUCUCUGACCUCAUCACCAAUGCCGCCUCCUUAUCAGCUUUCGCCCUCCCCGAGGCGUUCUCGCGUGCCACAAACGGCAAGACUGAGCCCGCCAAAUCGGAAGGGAUGAACGAGGAUAUCGCUCGUCUUCUCGCGCUCAAGUCUGUGCGCAAAGUCUUUCGACUAUGCUGCGAGCGCAAAGUCAUCCCGCUCGCUCCGCCCUCGCCGCCAGAAAACGGCGGGUCAGGCUCAGUACCCAAAGCAGCCAAACAGGUAUACUAUCGGCCAAGCCUGGAAAGGGUCGUCGCUCUUCUCCAGACCAAAGUGGACUACUUCUCCGCAGUAGAGCGAUUCGAACAGUUCGAUCAUCUUGUCCGUGGGCUCAGCCGGGAUGGGCUGCUCAGUAGCGACGGUGCCUCGGAACUGACUGAGGCCGCCCGGCGCAAGAUGACAUGCGACCACCUCGGCCAGUGGCUCCCCGCACCUAUCCUGGCCUCUCUCAUCGCCUCUCACGACUUUGCUGCCCUAUCGGAAUAUCUCGCCAAUAGGACAGCGGCGACUCUGGCGGCUCAAGCUCCGGUUGUCACUGUCAAGAAGGACAAUAAGGCGGAUGCGAAGCGGAAAGCGCCAGCGGGGUCUAGGGGUGUCGAGGCUCUCAAAAAGGUCAAUACGGCUUCAAUGAGCAAGUUGACCAAUUUCUUCCGGCCAAAAGAGGGGAAGAAAUGA